UAACCAGGUCCACAAAUGAAUCAAAAUUUAUUCGAUUCAAUCUAUGAAAAAUUAUUGCAAUUAAACGAAUUGAAAAUAAUUAAUAAUAAAAUUAUUGGUUUUGAAAGAAAUAUUCGUAUCAGAUAUAAACAAUCAUAUUCUAUUGAAGAUAAUGAUUGGGGCGAUUUUCAAGCACAUCGUAAAUUGAUCGGUUUAAUAACAGUGGCACGAUCAUUCAAUCGAAAUGAAAUUGAAUCCAUUAGUGAAUUACAUAAAACAAUUCAUGAUACAUACAAUAAUACAUUGUUUGAUUCAAAAUGUUUCAUUAUACAAAGCUUUGAUUCAACGGAAUCAUCAUCAACAGCUGUUGAACAUGAGUCCGAAUAUCAAACAUCAAAUAAAAUCGAUGGUUCUUCCAAUGAUUCGAUCAAUGAUAAUGAUACCAGAGUGUCAGGAGAAACAAUUAUUAAUAACAAUAAUAGCGAGAUUGAUCCAUUGCUUGAUUUUGAUAUUGGUGGCCAACUUUACAUUACAUCCGAUCAUACAUGUUUCACUAGUCGUGUAAAUCGAUCUUCAUCAUCAUCAUCUUUGUCAUCACAAAAUUCUCAAUCACAUUCUACACCGACAAAAACAAAAUCAAACGAUAAGAUUAUUGAAGAAUCAAUGAAUUAUUCGUUACCACCAUUAACUGAUGAUGUAAUUCUCACUGCAAACCGUCCACGUACUCAUUCUCGUAAUAAAUCUUUGGAUUCAAAGCUAUUGUCGAUUACAACGAAUAAUAACAAUGAUUCUCAAAACAAUGUUUCUCAAAUACCAUCGAAUAAUUUAUCAUCAGCAGCGACAAUUACUCAUAAACGUGCACAUUCUUCGACAACAUCAUUGUCGACCACAACCAAUAACUGUGAUUCACCUAUUUUUAGCCAUUCAUCUGCCAAUGAAUUUAUUCAAUAUGAAUCUAAUGAACAAUGUUGUGAACAGAUUAAAUCAAAAGCUAAAGAUUUUCUAAACGGAUUGUUUUGGACACUCGAAUCAAAACGAUUAGAUAAGACAAGAGAAAAAAAGGAUAAAAUUCCAUUAUUGAUGGCACCAUGUGAGAAAAAAGAUUUAGUUGGAUUAGAUACGGAUACUCGAUCAUUUCGAAGAAAAUGUCUUGGUCGAAUGCAAAAACAUAUUGCCGAUCUUUCAUUAAUGACUGGUUUGCCUCAGGAAUCAUUCCUAAAUUAUCUAACAGCAAUCGAAUAUCUUAAAGGAGUUAAUGAUAAACUUUGGCUUGCAUCAGCCUAUGAAGGUCUUUGUUCAGCAUCAUUAGUGUUAUUAUUUCCAAAACGAUGGCAUCAUAUUCAUGAACUUCGAUAUCGAUUUUUUUAUACAAAAGGACUAGUAAAUGAUUUAUUAUCACGAAAAGAUUAUGAAAUUGCCCGAAUGGAAUUAGGUCAAUCGAUGAAACAAAUAGCCAUGGAAGAUUCUCAAUUUGAUCAACAAAUAAUAACAAAUAAAACAUUGAUGAAAAGUAUUCUAACAAUCGAUCAAUUUUAUGAAAAAUAUAAAGAAGCCGCUUCUAAUUAUGCAUUGUAUCGUGGUGCUGCUGUAUUGGAAUUUGAAUGUAGUUUUAAAGCAACAAAAACAUUGACCUUUUUUCGUCGCUAUCUGAAAGCAUCGGAUUUCAUUCAGAAUGCUGUAUUUAUUUCAUUAAAUCAACCAAUCGAAGAUCAAAUCGAACGAUUACUUCGUAUUUCUCAACUAUAUGAAGCUAUUGGUUUUCGAAAAGCAGCAUUUUUUAAAAGAUUUGCUGCAUUAAAAAGUGUUUCACAAGCAAAAAAUUUGGAUUGGGAAAAAUGUUAUUUCCUAUUAUUACCGGCUUUAUAUGGAUAUGGAUUAACAUUGAAUCCAAAUGAAUAUGAUGAACGUCUUAAAUUGGGUAAUGUAAAUUGCUCCGCUAUUCAUGUACAACUUUUACAAGAAAUAAUAACCACAUCGUUAAAGAUGCAAAAAGAAACAUUGGCUAUACGUCAUCUUAGUUUCAUGCUUCAAUGUUUAUUCACCCAUAUAACACCUAGUCAGAGGCAAGAAUUUGCUACAAAAUUAUCAUCAUUAGCAUCGAAAUGUGGUGAAGGAUCACCUGUACCAUUGAGAUUAAGUAAUGGUGCAACAAUACCAUCGGUUAAUUUUACAAAAUUUCCCACUGUUGUAUAUUUCAAGAUUGAACCAUUGAAACCAUAUCUAAAACUUUAUAAACUUCGACAUAAAUCAUUGAAUAAUAAUGAUGAAGAAAAUGAGUAUAAAUAUUCUGGCCCAUUCAUUUAUACACCAUUGCAAUUGAAUAGAUCAUUGGAGAAGAAUGAUUAUAAAAAUCCUGAUUCUGUUACAAAAAUGAAUUUCUAUUGGGCAGAAGGUCAUACUGGUUGUGUAUCGUUGAGCUUACAUAAUUAUCUUCCAAUUGAAUUGAAUAUAUCAUCUAUAAUUAUGAUGACUGAUGGUGUGGCAUUCGAACCUAAACAUGAUACAUCAUUGAAAAUUCUACCCAAUUCUACUUGUACGAACAUUUCAUUAACCGGUAUACCACGAUCAUCCGGAGUAUUGGAUAUUCUUGGCUAUAAAAUUCAUACACUUGGAAUUAAAUCUGAUUGUCGACUAAAACAAUUGCCAAAUUCAAAGAAAUUGAAAUUACCAUCAAAAUUUACUGUUGAAAUUGUACCACGUUUACCAUUAAUGUGUGCACAAUGUAUGGCCGAUGACCUAAAUGAAGAAAUUUGUUUGGCUAAAAAUAUUGUCACACAUAAGGAUCGUUUCACCGAUUGUUAUAUAGGCAAUCAAAAUUUUAUUUCCUUAUUUGAAGGUCAAUGUAAAAGUUAUCGAAUCAAAUUGACCAAUAUUAGUGCCAAUAAUGAUGAAUUAAUCGAUUUGAUCAAUAUGAAAGUGAUAUAUCCAAAACAUAACAAAAAAACGGCUACUACAAUGGCGAAUGCACAAAAAUCACUAAUCGAUAUUGAAUGGGAUAUUGAUUCGAUUAAUAAUCUUCUUCCUUUUGGACCUGGUUUAUCUGUUGAGUUUGACAUAAAUUUCACGGCAAAAGGAGAUUUUAUUUUAUUCAAAUCAAACGAGGAAAAUCAUCAUCAAAAUGAUAAAAAUAAAUUAUUUACAAACAAUGAAUCAUCAAAUGGUGGUGUUGGUGUUGGUGGUGGUGGUGGUCCAUCCAUACAGCCCAAAAAACUACAAGUAUUGGGUUCAAAAAAAUUGGCCAAUUUUAUUAAUGAAUUACAAUCAAGAAAAAGUUCUAAUGAUCUUUCAUUAUCAAUGAAUACGAAUGUCAACAAUCCAUCAAUGACAUCAGUAGCCAAACCAGAUGAUGAAAUGGAUUUUGUUGAAGAAAUUUCGCGGCCAAAACUUAUUGAAUUGUGUCUUCAACUGGAAUAUAGUGGUGGACCAGGAUUGAAUUCUGGAUUUUGUCGUCGUGUUCAUAUUUAUUUUGUCAUUGAAAUUAAAUCAUCGAUUCUCAUUACACAUUGGGAUGUAAUUCAAGCUGAACAAAUGGAUGAAUGUUAUCUAGUAUUCGAUACAUUGAAUGCCACUGAUCAGGAAAUCAAUCUAAUCUAUUCAUCUAAUAAAGAAAUGUUGAUUGAACCAAAAGAAAAAUGUCGUAUACCUGUUUCAAUUAAACGUUGUCCAUUAAGUCUUGAUGAUAUGAAUAAUGAUUAUGAUGAUGAUGAAAAUGUUGGCGAUAUAAUAGAUAUGAAUCAACAAAAUUAUUGUGAAACUAUACGAAAAUCAUCAAAUAAUUGCAAAUAUACAAAAAGUGCCGAUUUCUUGACACAUAUCUUUCCUACUGAUCAAAAACUGGAGGCAAUAUUAUCACAAUGUCGUCUUCAUCUAUUAAGACAAAUUAAUCUAAAAUGGACAAUGCCAAAUGCCGAUAUCGAUGGAAUGGUUUGUGUGGAAAAAGUACCAUAUUCAAAACAAUUGCUUAAAUCACUUUUAAUACCUCCAAUACAAAGUGAAAUUGAAUUGAAUUCAAUGAUAUUUCGAAGUUCAUUCGGUGAAAUGAAUCUAAAAAUGGGUGAACAUCUUUCAAUUGUUAUUCGAUUAUUUAAUAAUUCGGAUACAAAUCUACAAUUUUUACGUUUAUAUCUGGUCUAUUAUCAAGAUUAUCAGAAUUCAACAUUGACAAAGACACGUAAUUAUAAUAUUAAUGAUAAAAUGAUUGUCAUUGGUUGUGAAUCAUUAUGUAUUAAUGAGUUACAAACAAAAAAAUCCUACAUUCAUCCAUGUGGCUUAAUAUUUUUAUAUGCCGGUGUUUAUAAAUUAGAAAUUUGUUGUUUACCUGAAGAACGAUAUCAACAAUUAUUAAUGGAAAAAGGAGGAACAACCAACACUACAAGCCGUUUUGAUAUUAAUAUCAACAACGAUAAUGAUGAUGAUGAUAAUGAUGAUGAUGAUAAUUGUCAACAAAAUUCAUUAUUUAAAUGUUUACAUACAUUUGAAAUAACUGUUGAUGAAUCGAAUUGAUUAAUUGAUUUGCAAAAUAAUACUCUUCCAUAUAUAUACUAAUAAUUUGUGAUAAUCUUUAUAUUACGAUAUAUCAAUAUAAAACAGCCUCUCUCUCUCUCUCUCUCUCUCUCUUGUUAUCUUGAUUGAUUAAAACAAAAAAAAAAAAAUAUCGAUACCUUGCUAAUAUAUCUCUCUCGUUGAUUCACUGUCAUUUUUUUUGUCUUGUUUCAUUAUCUUUGUCUUUAUGUAUUGAUCGAUUGAUUUAUUUGCUAAUUGAUUUUU